AUGGACUGCCUGUGUGGUAUGGCCUACCUGUGUGGUAUGGACUGCCUGUGUGGUAUGGCCUGUCUGUGUGGUAUGGACUGCCUGUGUGGUAUGGCCUGCCUGUGUGGUAUGGCCUGCCUGUGUGGUAUGGCCUGCCUGUGUGGUAUGGCCUGCCUGUGUGGUAUGGACUGCCUGUGUGGUAUGGCCUGCCUGUGUGGUAUGGACUGCCUGUGUGGUAUGGCCUACCUGUGUGGUAUGGACUGCCUGUGUGGUAUGGCCUACCUGUGUGGUAUGGACUGCCUGUGUGGUAUGGCCUGCCUGUGUGGUAUGGCCUGCCUGUGUGGUAUGGCCUGCCUGUGUGGUAUGGCCUGCCUGUGUGGUAUGGACUGCCUGUGUGGUAUGGACUGCCUGUGUGGUAUGGACUGCCUGUGUGGUAUGGACUGCCUGUGUGGUAUGGACUGCCUGUGUGGUAUGGACUGCCUGUGUGGUAUGGACUGCUUGUGUGGUAUGCCCUCCCAUGGGCUUUGUAGCUCGGAUGUGGCUCCUGUGGGGUCUAACUGUCGACCCAAGUGGGAUUUGUAG